CUUUUGCUCCUCCGGCAAUAUGAUUAUAUAAGUCAUCGAGAUUAAUAACCUAAGACGGAAAGUUUCAUUUCGAAGUCGUCAAAGAAAGUUGGAAGCUGAAAAAAGUUUGCCAUGAUUUUACUAUACAUUGGGACUUUUGUGGUGGCCGUCAUGCAUUUCACUUUGUCACAAGAUGCUCUGACACUCCAGCUUCACAACUACCAAAAUCCUUUCAUCGUUGACGAGGGCGUAGCCUCGGAAAUCAUCUUCUCUAUUCUUGGAGCAGAUGACUUGACAAACUACAGCCUCGCUCUGGCUCAGGAAACGGCAGCAAGUUUCUACACACGGUGUUCACUCAACGUGAGUAGCGUUCACUGCUGGGAGGUCAAGCGUGACGACUGCCAAUGCGCGAACCUAGGUCAAGGCCAGCGACGAUUUAAACUAACGGUGACGUUUGAAGCAAGUCACGUGGGGCAAUGGAUGUUUGCUGUCUGGUCACACAACGUCACGCCAGUGUUCUUCAACGUGACAUUCGUUGAACAAUCUACUGAAGAAAUUCACACAACCAGCAAUGUGUUACAUCACACGACAGGUAUACUUCACCCUGCUAUAGUAAGAUUACUAAGGAGGCUUCUAGACAGACGAACGGAAAGACACCAGAAGAACAAACAAGUGAACGGACAAUUAGACACAACCGAGGAGCAAGAGUAGUGAUUACGAGAAUUUGAUAUAAACUACAUAAGUGGUCAGAAAUUAUAUCUAAACCUUGACACCUCAUACCUCUCGACAUUUUCCGUUUACUAAGCAAACCAGCCGGAAAUACAAAUUAAUUUAAUUAAACUUCAUUACACUUUUAUUGUAACUUUUCCUAUUUUUAAUUUAAUUAUAAUUAAACUUUUUGAAAACAUUAGUAUACUUUUAUUGUAGACCAAUGAUGCACAACCUUUUUCGUCCUGCGGGCCAUAUCCAUUUCGGACAGCAGUGUCGCGGGCCACUUCACCGCAAAAAUACAAAAAAAAGCAGAUACCAUUUUUUAUUAGAAACA